GUUUCCCUCUCUUCCUCUCAUCCCGAUUGCUGGCCCAGUGCACGCCAGCGUUUCUCUCUUUCUCUUCCAGAGUCAAUUCGGAGCGUUUGCAGCUGCACCCACGUCCCGUUCACAACGGUGCGAAAUUGCCAACACUCAGUUGAUUAGUCAAUUGCGAGCUUGAUUGAAGUAAGUGGAGGAGGAGAUGAUUGGUGCCGAGAUGACGUCCAGAGCGCUCUGCUCGUGCUCUGCUCAAGUUCCUGGAGCGCAGGCUAGGUUAGGGACUUCCAGAGCAGGCAUAGGCACUAGCAGCUUUGGAUUACUCAGAUUAAAUCACUUGAAGCCCGUUAAGAAUUUCAGGCGAUUACAAGUGCAGGCGGCAGUCGAAAUUGACGAUAACCAAGUAUCAAAUGGACCUCUUCGAGGCUCUAAACUGCCUCCCAAGAAACCGGUGAUGGUGGAUCCCCUGGAGGCAAAGCGUUUGGCUGCUUUAGAAUGGAAGCAACUCCAAGAACGCGUAGCCUUUCAGAAACAACAAAAGAUUGAAGCAAUCAAUGGAGGAUGGGCAGUGCUAGGUUUGAUGAUUGGGAUUGUUUUGGAAGGUGGCAGGGUAUUUAGAUUCAUUAGCUGAUUUUAUUGCAAGCAUAACACCAGGAACGCCCAGCGUCUAGACAGCAAUCACAGCUUGGCAUCCUAAUUACAAUGUGCAGUGGUUUACUAACUGACUUUUUAGUUUCGCCGUGUGCUCAUAUCUUUACAAGAACAAGGCAGUCUUUAAUAUUUGAAAUUUGUGAGACAUAGUUACUGGAUUAGAGUUGGAAAGAAUUGACUAUUUUUUUGAGGAUUUGAAUUUCUGCUACUUUUAUUGUUCUCUCCACAGUAUUUGGCGUUUUGAAAAAUUAUUAGAUCUUGCAGUAUUAUUACGUUUUGCUUCAUCACCCAAUUGUUGUAGACUAUGACACAUACGAGUCUGCCGUUCUAAACAGCUUUUAUUGAACAACGGUUAUAUGCAAGAUGAUGUUCUAUUUGGAACUAAUU